UUCCGGGGGCGCUCCCCGCGCGUUCCCGCUAGCCUUUCUCCUUUGCUAGUGUCCGCGCCCGCGCGCCCGCCGGAAGGAAGGAGCCGCCAUUACAGGAGACACCCGUGUCACCCGGAUACACCCGGAAACAGCGACUGGGGCCUCAAUAAUAUCGCUGUCAACUGCAUACACCCGGAAACAUCGACCAGCUGCUAUAGUCUCCGAGUUAUCCGACUACCUCUUCAAACCGCGCUUGCGGCCUCAUCUAGAGCCAGUCACCUGAAUACACCCGCAGAAACGGACAGAUAGCCUGGUAUGAACGUAAAGGAGAGGUGUCACUCAUAUAACCCUGUACUUGGCAGCUACAUGAGCAAUUGCGGUUUCCAAUAUCUCACCAUGACUCCUGUGUCUGCGUCAUAUUCUGAAAACAAUGAUUUUGGAGCAGUGAAGAGUUGUCCCUGGUAAUCUAGUGAGCCUUCCAGAAAAAAGAAUCCUGUGCAUGGGGCUACAGAGGUUGUUGCUCUUGUUGACAUCCUGGUGCAUCUUGCCUUUAAAGAAAAUCUGUGCAUGGGGUGGCAGUGUGAGGCCUCACCUCAGCAGUUGUUGAUGUGGGGAGGAUGAGUAAUGCACCAUGAUGAUGGCACGGAAACCAGAUGUGCGUGUGCCCACCUACAGUGUCAGCGUUGUGGGCCUUUCUGGCACAGAGAAAGAGAAAGGCCAAUGUGGCGUUGGAAAAUCAUGCCUUUGUAAUCGAUUUGUAAGACCCAGCGCAGAUGAUUUUCAUCUGGACCACACAUCCGUCCUGAGCACUAGUGACUUUGGUGGUCGUGUUGUAAACAAUGACCAUUUUCUGUACUGGGGAGAGAGUGGACGGAUGCCAGAAGACUGUGUAGACUUUAAAGUGCAUGUGGUGGAGCAGACAGAAUUUAUUGAUGAUCAGACAUUCCAGCCUCACCGUAGUACUGCCCUACAGCCUUACAUCAAGCGUGCUGCCUCCUGUAAGCUGGCCUCUGCUGAAAAACUUAUGUACUUCUGCACAGAUCAGUUGGGCUUGGAACAGGACUUUGAGCAGAAGCAGAUGCCUGAGGGUAAAUUGUUGAUUGAUGGUUUCCUGCUGUGUAUAGAUGUUAGUCGUGGAAUGAACCGGAACUUUGAUGAUCAGCUAAAAUUUGUGUCCAAUCUUUACACCCAGCUGGCCAAGACAAAGAAACCCAUUGUUCUGGUUCUUACAAAAUGUGAUGAAGGAGUAGAACGUUAUAUCCGCGAUGCUCAUAGUUUUGCCCUUAACAAGAAGAACCUGCAAGUUGUAGAGACUUCUGCCCGGUCUAAUGUGAAUGUGGAUCUGGCCUUCACUACACUAGUACAGCUUAUUGACAAAAGCCGUGGAAAGUCUAAAAUUAUUCCUUAUUUUGAGGCACUAAAGCAGCAGAGCCAACUGAUUGCUGCCGCAAAGGACAAAUAUGAAUGGCUUGUGAGCCGAGUAGUAAAGUCUCAUAAUGAGACAUGGAUCAAUCAAAGCAGGCGCAUGCAGAGCAACAUUGAAUACCAAGAUUAUGUGCAUUUGGAAGGAACAGACAAAGCUAAGAAACUAUUCCAUCAGCACGUGCUACGGCUUAAACAGGAACACAUAGAACGACGCAGAAGAAAUUACCUCUUAGCUCUCCCACGAGCCUUAGAAAGCCUUGUGCCAGAUCUGGAUGAAAUAGAUCACUUAAGCUGGGUUAAGGUUUCUAAUUUGCUGGAAUCAAAGGCAGAGUUCCUAAAAUUUUUUAUUGUCCUGGAAGAGACACCUUGGGACUUCACAAUCCACAUUGACAGCAUUGAUGAACGCAUACCUUAUGAUUUGCUGGAAACAGUGCCUGCGGAAGAGGUCUAUGCUGCCCACUUGGUCAAGUUAAGGAAUGCCAGGAAAAAGGAAGAAAUGAAGAGAUCUUUCAAGGAGAACUUGAUCGCUUCUCCUUUCAUUACACCAGGUAAGCCUUGGGAAGAGGCUCGGAGUUUUAUCAUGAGUGAAGAAUUUUACCAGUGGCUGGAAGAGCCUGUAUAUAUGGAAAUCUACAGCCGACACCAAAAAGAGAUCAUUGAUAAAGCUAAAGAGGAAUUUCAGGAGUUGUUGCUUGAGUAUUCAGAGCUGUUUUAUGAGCUAGAGUUAGAUGCCAAACCCAGUAAAGAGAAAAUGGGCGUCAUCCAGGAUGUACUUGGUGAGGAACAACGUUUCAAAGCAUUACAGAAGCUGCAGGCGGAGCGAGAUGCCCUGAUUCUUAAACACAUUCACUUUGUCUAUCAUCCAACCAAGGACACUUGUCCUAGCAACCCUUACUGUGUUGAUACAAGGAUUGAGCAUAUACUCAGUUCCAGGUGCACAUAUCCCUAUGACAGACUACACAAAGAUCCAAAUGUAGAUAGGAUCAACCUUGUGAUCCUUGGAAAGGAUGGUUUGGCACGAGAGUUAGCAAAUGAGAUCCGAGCCCUCUGUACAAAUGAUGAUAAAUACGUAAUUGAUGGAAAGAUGUAUGAGUUAUCCCUAAGGCCUAUAGAAGGCAAUGUGCGGCUUCCUGUUAAUUCAUUCCAGACAUCCACUUUCCUCCCUCAUGGCUGUCUUUGCCUGUACAACUCCAAGGAGUCUCUGUCCUAUGUUGUGGAGAGCAUUGAGAAAAGCAGAGAAUCAAGCCUAGGUCGAAAGGAAAAUCACUUGAUCCAUUUGCCUCUUACGUUGAUUCUUGUCAACAGGAGAGGAGACACAAGUAGUGAAACUGCACAUAGCCUCAUUCAACAGGGCAAACAGGUUGCCAGUAAGCUUCAGUGUUUCUUUCUUGAUGCAGCUUCCACUGGAAUGGGAUAUGGUCGCAAUAUCAAUGAGAAGCAAAUAAGCCUAAUCCUCAGAGGGCUACUGGAGUCAAAAAGAAACUUAAACCUUGUCAGCUCCACUCCAAGCAUUAAAGAUUUGACAGAUUGUGAGCUGCGUAUUGUAAUGUGCCUCAUGUGUGCAGACAUAUUUAACAUAGAAGAUGUGCUGAAUGCACUAAAACCUCACACUUACCGUCCAUCACAAUGUGGGCUUGGUGGAUCAGUUCUACUUGACCUACCAAUUGGCAGUCAAAAACGUCGCUUGGAGCUGCUGUUGUUGUCGUAUCAUGCCUCCUUUAAUGUUCGCAAGACUCGUUUAGUGCACGGCUAUAUGAUUUUUUACGCAGCUAAGCGCCGUGCUUCCCUAGCUAUGCUGCGUGCCUUUUUGUGUGAAGUGCAGGACAUUGUCCCUGUGCAGCUUGUUGCCUUGACUGAGGGACCUCUAACAUUUUUGGAUUAUGUGGCACGAGAACAGUUACAAGAAGGGGAGGAAAUAGCUCAGGACAUUGAAGGUAAAUUCCUUAUUCUACCACAAGGGCAGAUACAGCCAAAGUUGGAUGUGUUUUACCCCUACUUCAAAGAUGUAUUGGAGAAAAAAGUAAUUAUUGAGGCCUCUCACAUGUAUGAUAAUACAGCAGAGGCCUGCAGCACCACAGAGGAAGUGUUUAGCUCACCCCGUGCAGGCUCACCCCUUUGUAAUUCCCACUUGCCAGACUCUGAAGAAGACCCUGAACCUUCACCUCAACACAUUUUAUUUCAAAAUGAACCUAACAUAGCAGCUCCCAUAAAAUUUACCAGAGAACUGGAGGAGACUGUGAUGAACACUUUAGAGAGCAAACUUAACAACAAGGUACCUCCUCCCCUUAAACCAAAGCCCCCUAUUCCAUAUGAAAUUACCAAGCCUGAGCUAUCAUAUUUGGAUACAGGGGCCCGGGAUGGGCACCGUAAGUCCUUGACUUCCAUAAACUGGCCCCCUUUGGAGGCCUUUGACCCUUCUGACUAUGCUGAACCUAUGGAUUCAGUAGUGAAGCCAAGAAACCAAGAGGAGAACAUUUACUCUGUACCCCAUGAUAGCACCCAAGGAAAGAUCAUCACUAUACGUAAUACCAACAAACCACAAUCUAAUGGGAGUGGCAAUGGCUCAGACAGUGAUAUGGACACAAACUCAUUGGAACGAGCAAGAAAAGCAUCCAUUGUCACUAAACCUGUCCUUUACCGUACCAAAUGUGCUAAACUUGGGAAAUUCUCUAGCUACAGGAGUAGUUUAAGUGUUGGCAGUGAUGAUGAACCUGGACCAAUUCGAAGAAAGGAAGAGGAGACUGGAACACAGGGUACAAAGGGGGACAGUACUACGAAUUCUUAUGAAGCUGAUGGAGAGGACCCACGCAAGAGGAAUAUUUUGCGCAGUCUGCGAAGGACCACUAAGAAAGUGAAACCCAAACCUCGUCCAUCUUUAACCAAGGCGACCUGGGAGAGUAAUUACUUUGGUUUCCCUCUGAGUAGUGUGGUGACUUCUGAACGACCAAUUCCAGUAUUCAUUGAGAAGUGUGUAGAGUACAUCGAAGCCACGGGUGAGGGAAUGACCACAGAAGGCAUAUACCGUGUUAGCGGGAACAAAUCUGAGAUGGAGUCUCUUCAAAGGCAAUUUGACCAAGAUCAUAACCUGGACCUGGCAGAAAAGGAUUUUACAGUGAACACUGUGGCUGGAGCCUUGAAAAGUUUCUUCUCUGAAUUACCGGACCCUCUGGUGCCAUACAAUAUGCAGGCUGAGCUGGUGGAGGCAUAUAAAAUAAAUGAUCUAGAACAUAAGCUCCAAGCUAUGAAGGAUCUUCUAAAAAAAUUUCCAAAGGAAAAUCAUGAAAUCUUCAAAUAUGUUAUAUCUCAUUUAAACCGGGUUAGCCAGCAUCAUCAUAUAAAUCUGAUGACCAGUGAAAAUUUAUCUAUCUGCUUCUGGCCUACACUGAUGCGCCCUGAUUUUACCACUAUGGACGCUCUGACUGCAACUCGCACAUACCAGACAAUCAUUGAGCUUUUCAUCCAACAGUGCCCCUUUUUCUUCUACCAGCGCCUUCCUGUGGACCUGCCUAUCCCUAGUUCCCCAUCUACUCCACCUCUCACCCAGCCAUCUCCUCCUCAGUCCCCUCCUCUGACGCCUGUAUCCCCCUCGCAGACCCUGCUUCCUACGGAGCACAACAUCCUGUGAUAACCCCUCCCCUUCAGCAGUAUCUAGUCACCCGGAGGCAAAGUCCACCCCUUCCCUGCUGCUUGCUGACCUUAUCUAAAGGGUCAGAAGUAUUACAUGUGGGACCAUUGCAGCCAUGAUGAGACUGGGACCCUGUAAUGGAGACAGCAGGCAUCACUGCACCUGUGCAAGUGCAAGGUGGAUCUCUGGUACAUUUUGGAGACAGGCUUCUCUGGUACACUGUUUAAAAAAAAAAAAAAAAAAAAAAAAAAAAGCAGGGUUCCCCGGUACACAAAUUUUAAAAGGAGGGGGUCCCUGGUACACUGACUGCAAGAGAGCGGGAUUUGGGACACCCACAGUGGAGAGGGUUAGCCAAUGUACAGAAGAGCCCUAAUCUUGAGUGGAUCUGAGGCAGAGCCCUAAUCUGCUCUUCAGAUCUCCACUAGGGUUACAAAUAAAGUGGCACUCAGUCUGGAUUACAUGAGGAUAACAUGAUGAGUUGCACUCAAGAGGAUCUGCACAUAAUGUCGAUUACGAGAAGAUCAACACUGUGAUUUACAGUCCAAGAUUGCCUGGAUUAGAUCUAGUUGGUUUAUACAGACAGGAGUCUCUCUGUGUUGUCCAUUGUGUGUGUGGAAGUUACUAUUAGGUGUUAAGAGGGCAGCAAUGCUGUUUUCUGUCCCCAUCCUUCCCCCCCUACCACCCCCCCAAAAGAAAAAGAAAAAAAAAAAUACAACACUUAACACACAGGACCCCAAUACCACACUACAUAUCUUAGCACUUACAGACAUAUGUGAUGGAUGCAGGAAAUUGGGGUUAACAAAGGAUGCAUGAAUUCAAAAUUGUAUGCUUUGUACAUUACUACAUGAACAACACUAAUACGUCAUACAGGCUGGAGGGCACAUGCAUGAUACAUGUGCUAGGGAGGUUUAUCUCUUGUUGCUCCAACUGUUUUUAUGAUAGGCAUCUCGGGGUUUCGAAUGCACUGCCAAAUGGAUUUGAGCAAAACUCUUGAGGUGCCUCAUUGCUUCGGCUCAUUUUGAGCCAUUCCCAUAUGUUGACAUUUUAAAUUCGGAGCGAGGCUGGAUCCUCAAAUGCAUGAAGGAUAAGACACUACUGCCUCACCAAUAACCUAAACUGACACUAAGAUUGCCCUCUAGUAACACAGCCUAGCCACCACCGAGAUUAACCUUCCUCCUCAUCUCACCCUCUACUCACUAAGACAGCCCUUUCCUACCCAGCUUGUCAGUGAUAAUCCAUUUUAGUCUUUAGUUUACUCAUGACAGGCCUAGUAAGUAUGUAGCCCAUUUUUUGUCAUCCAUGUGUUUAUCUGGUUAAAUUAUCUUUUCUAAAUUAGGACUUUAAAUAAUUUCCUACUUACCAAUAUUACGGUUAAUCACAGCUACUCCCUUUAUUAAAACAAACUCCCUCUUGCAACAGCCUGGGGCUUAGACAUUGUACCGAUUAGUAUGUAGCAUAAUCUUACUAGCUGGGCACUUUGUACUUUACAUCUGAGAAAUCCAUUUGUAGCAGCUAUGAUGAUCUGAUAAUUUAGGCAGAAAUGUUAAGUACACAGAAGAAGAUAAAUAGGUUGAUAUUCAAGGGCCAAUCUCAUUGUGUGGAGCUCCGUGUUAUGUGAUGGGGCCAGAGAGGAGCAUGUGUAUGUUGCAGGAGAGAGUGCACAAGGUAACACAAUGCCAGUCUGAGCAGAUACUCGAUAUAAUGUGUAGUGGGCUGAGUUACACACGCAUGCCUCCUGGCAGGCUUUGUUGUGACUUUGGGGUGACCAGUUGUCUAAUGAAUUUGCACUGGUUAUUUCCUGGUCUGUUUUUUUUUUUUUUUUGCUGUCCAUUGGUUGUGUUAGAGGGGUUGGGUCACUUUGUGCAUGAUAAUGUGAUCCUUCCGCUGACGCCCUGAAUCAUGUAUUUGCUGCGAGUCUGCUCAUUGUAUUUGGAACAAACUCCGAGGGCCUUAAUGUGACUUGUAUUAUAGCUAAUAAAUCUUGUUACAAACUCCCAGA